AUGACGCGGCCAAACACUCGUCCUAAAAAUGCGAAUCAACAUCCUGGUGAGAUUGUUCUCAAAACAAAACAGAAAAGACGUACUGGUCGUCAAAUCCAGGAAGACAAUGACCACAUUGAGCACGAGCAGCAAGAACAGGAAGCUGCAGUUCAGCGUAAUGCCGAGCGUAUUGCUGCUAUUGAGGACCAGAGAGCCUUGAACGACCUCAAGAUCAUUAUGGAUCCACCAAGGCCAAGGCCUCAGGCACGACCUGUGUUGAAGGUGAAGAAACCAGUUGGUAUAGCUGAGGAGGAAGAUGUUGAAAUAAUCGAUACUGUAGACAAAGAUGGUGUUCAGCCAGUGGAGGGCAAUCCUGAAGAAGUACAGACUCACCAUAACAAUGCUGAGACUGACCACAUUAUGUCCAGUGAUGAGGAACUUGCAGAGGUACAGCCAAGGAGGAAGCAUGUGCAGAAAAUGGCACACCGCGAAGCUGUCCAGGUCGCAUGCCUUGUUGAUAAUGUGGCAGGCAUCAAUCAAAAGAAGGAUCAGUACACAAGAGAUGUUGAGGCACGUGUUACAUCGAUAAGUGACCAGAAAGGGAAGAAAGGAGUUGCGGCUGAUGUUGGUAUGGAAAAGGACGACUAUGCAGGCAUCAGCAAGACAAAGGAUUGGGCCGAGAAACUCGCAACUAGCAAGUUACUCAGGCCUUCUGUUUCUCACAGCAUUCGAACAGCGACACACACCCAUGUUUCCUCACUUGCAACUUCGACUGCUGUGUCAAAGAUCACACAUGGGAGUUUGACCAGCACCAAUCCAGGUCCUCCUCCUACUCCAGCACGCAGCAUCAAAGAGUCAGACUUAUCACUACUGGACGACAAUGAUUCACUCGAGCGCGAGGCUGCUUACCAGGCCAGUAAGAAAACUCAGGCUGGUGACAGUGCUAGACGCACAACUUCAGAUGUGGUUAAAUUCAGUAGCUUGUCAUCUCCACAUACCUCACGCCCAGUGUGUGCGCCAUCCCAACAAAUCACAAGGACCGAAUCAUUGUCUUCUCCUCCCCCUUGUACUCAACCAUCGAGGGCAACUGCCAGGAUUCCAUGCUGCCCUGAGCUCAUGUCGGAUUUGUCUAUGGAACUUUACGAGCCCAAUGAUACUGAGGAGGCUGAGGAUGAAGCACCCUCUGCACCUGUAAACGACGAUCUUCCGGAUGGCUGUCAGCACAACAACACCUGGUGUCAGGUAUUCAUACCCACAGUUGCAAACUGGGCUGGUGGAGAUGUCGAGCCGUGGGGCCCUGACAACCAUGAAUUAAGGGACGUCAUGCAAGAUAUCUGGGACCAUAUAUACAAGGGUAGGAUUGAACAUGAAAUCUCCAGUUCUGGCGCUGUUUUGAAAGUAGCCAAACAACUCCUCAUGGAAUGGCGUGGAGGGUUUGGCAUUGCCGCUUGUUCCAUUCUUACAGCAUUUUGUGCACAGGACACUAAUUUCCUGGAUCCAGAGGCUCACAAGGACUUUUCGCGAGCCAUGCUGAAGCAAAACCGGUUUAUAUUCAGGGAUAAUGCUGGGCUCGCUCCCAAGGCUUGGACAGGCAUAUGGAGGGCCUCCUUCAUACUCCAGACCUUCGCAUCCCACCUCAAUUUUACCUACGGCCAUGUUGGAAUUCCCAAUCUCGACACCAAAGCAAUUGGUGCGCGGGCUGCCUUUACCCUUGCUGUCACUGCAGUGUGCUGUAUUCUUCAGCUAGUUGUAGACGGGAAUAUCACCUUCGAAAUCAUUUCAGAAACCCGCGGCAAAUGCACUAAAGCUACGAAGAUAGGUGACGGAGAUAUUUGGACACCCGUCAUCAAGAAGGGCGAGCAAUUUGCCUUUAGCAAACCUGCCUGGGGCCCUAUGACCCAGAAAUUCAUGCAGCCCAUCAUAGCGCUUCCUAAUGAGGACUUCGCGAGCAUAGUGCAAGAGGCACAGCAGUAUGCCAAGCAUCCGAGAAGUACUGGGAGCUCGAGGGCCACCAGUAAUGUCACGCCUGAUGAGGAUGAUGGCUUUGCUGACCUGUUUGCAUUCUGUUAA